GUGUAAUAUGCAGAUGACAAAUAGUGUGUGAGCAAGUGGGGAAAUCGCGUUAAAUAGCAGUUUAUUAGACAGCGCUAAUGCAUGUGGUUUGAUGCUCGUCCGCUGUGAAUAAUAAUAAAAAAAGCGUCUGUGAAGUCAAAACCCAACAACAAGCUCCAUGCGUUUUUAAAUUGCAUUGUAAUUAGGCGAUUCGUGAUUUAAACAAGCUGUCGGAAUGAAUCCGUUAUUAUAUUUGGGAGGGUUAGUUGUCUUGUUUUUGGUGUGGAUUAAGGUGAAGGGCUUGGAGUACGUGAUAGUACACCAGAGAUGGAUCUUCGUUUGCCUCUUUCUGCUCCCCUUGUCAGUCAUCUUUGAUGUGUACUAUUACCUGCGCGCGUGGAUCAUCUUCAAGAUGUGCUCAGCACCCAAGCAGCACGACCAGAGAGUCAGAGAUAUCCAGAGACAGGUGCGAGAAUGGAAAAAAGAGGGAGGGAAGAAACAUAUGUGCACAGGUCGUCCAGGAUGGCUGACUGUAUCUCUCAGGGUGGGAAAGUACAAGAAGACGCACAAGAACAUCAUGAUUAACAUGAUGGACAUUCUGGAGGUGGACACAAAACGGCAGGUGGUGCGUGUGGAACCCUUAGCCAACAUGGGUCAGGUGACUGCUCUGCUCAACUCUAUUGGCUGGACCCUGCCAGUGUUGCCUGAACUCGAUGACCUCACAGUUGGUGGGCUGGUGAUGGGAACAGGCAUCGAGUCUUCAUCUCACAUCUAUGGCCUGUUCCAGCACAUUUGUGUGGCUUUUGAGCUGGUGUUGGCUGAUGGUAGUCUGGUCCGCUGCACUGAGAAAGAAAACUCGGACCUCUUCUAUGCCGUUCCCUGGUCCUGCGGUACUUUGGGGUUCCUGGUUGCAGCAGAGAUCCGGAUAAUCCCAGCUCGCAAAUGGGUGAAGCUUUGCUACGAACCUGUACGAGGCCUGGAUGCUAUCUGCAAGAAGUUUGCAGAGGAAUCAGCCAACAGGGAGAACCAGUUUGUGGAGGGACUGCAGUACUCUCGGGACGAGGCUGUGAUUAUGACGGGCACCAUGACCGAUCACGCAGAGCCUGACAAGACUAACUGUAUAGGCCACUAUUACAAGCCGUGGUUCUUUCGGCAUGUGGAGGGUUUCCUGAAACAGAACCGUGUUGCAGUGGAGUACAUUCCUCUCCGGCACUAUUACCACAGACACACCCGCAGCAUCUUCUGGGAAUUACAAGACAUCAUUCCGUUUGGGAAUAACCCAUUGUUCAGGUAUGUGUUCGGCUGGAUGGUUCCUCCGAAGAUCUCUCUACUGAAGCUCACUCAGGGAGAGACCAUCCGCAAGCUAUACGAGCAGCACCACGUGGUGCAGGACAUGCUGGUCCCUAUGAAGCACAUCAAGAGUGCCAUCCUACGCUUCCACGAGGACAUACAGGUGAGACGCCCAAACACACACAUAGAUAUGCACACAUUAGGUGAGAACUGAUAGCUAAUCGCUAUAAAUGUAUAUAGU